AUGCCGACGCUUGAAACCUACAAAGGCGCCUACCUCUGGAAAUACGUGCCCAACUUUACGGCAGCCAUUACGUUCGGAGCUCUCUUCCUCAUAUUGACUUUGGCGCAUACCUAUAAGAUGUAUAGAUGCCGAACGUGGUAUAGUAUACCGUUCGUCAUUGGCGGCUUUUGUGAGCCCAUCGGUUAUGCAUGCCGCGCAAUAGCAACCCACCAUACAGGCUCCAUCGUUCCAUUCCUCCUACAAGCGAUCUUCAUCCUCCUUCCACCGUGCCUGUACGCCGGAACGUUGUAUAUGGUGUACUCGCGCGUGGUGCGCGCUAUCCACGGCGAACGCUUCUCCUACAUCUCGCCUCGAUGGUGUACACGAAUCUUCGUUGCAGGUGAUCUCCUCUGUCUCAACAUACAGUCAACUGGAGCAGGGUUCUUACCUAAGCAAAACUUGGUGAAUGUUGGAAACGGCGUCAUUGUCACAGGUUUGGGACUGCAAGUUCUCAUCUUCGCGGGAUUCAUGUGGUGCUGCAUACUUUUCCACCGCAAGUUCUCACUUCAUCUUCGCAGUUAUGGUCAACAUGUCGACGUCCCUUGGAAGAGUGUGCUCUGGAUGUUAUACGGGACUUCUGUCAUCAUCUCGAUUCGUAACAUCUUCCGACUAGUCGAGUUCAUCGCUGGACACGAAAGUUACCUGUUUCUGAACGAGUGGCCGGUGUACGCUUUCGAUGGUGCUUUGAUGCUACUAGUCAUGAUUGGCUUCUACAUCUGGUAUCCACAGCAGCUGCAGAUCGAAGAGAGUGGUACGGAGAGUAUGAUUGAUCUCACGAGCGAAGAAAAUGGUCCACCAGGAGAUGAUCCAUCUAGGAAGUAA